AUGUCACGAAAUAAUAAUCAUACCCAAAAGACACCCUUGCUGACACAUCUUGUUGCUGGUGGUGCAGCUGGAUUUAUGGAAGCCUGUACCUGUCAUCCAUUAGAUACAAUAAAAGUUAGAAUGCAGCUUGCCAAACAUGCUUCAAGAGGAACAAAUGGGAGACCACUGGGGUUUAUAGGAGUGGGUGUAAAGAUUGUUCAUAAUGAAUCAUUUUGGGCCCUGUAUAAAGGCUUGGGAGCCGUUGUCUCUGGUAUAGUACCAAAAAUGGCCAUUCGAUUUUCAUCCUUUGAACUCUACAAGUCAUGGAUGACUGAUAGUAAUGGAAAAGUAAGCACGACCUCGGUUUUUUUUUGGCAAGUCAAUUUACAUUUCUUAGGAGUGUUUGCUGGUCUUGCUGCUGGCACAACCGAAGCUAUUCUUGUAGUUUCUCCUAUGGACCUUAUAAAAAUUCGCUUACAGGCUCAGCGUCACUCCAUGGCAGAUCCUUUGGAUAUUCCCAAGUAUCGCAAUGCACCACAUGCUGCUUAUACAAUUAUUAAAGAAGAAGGUAUUCGUGCGCUUUAUAAAGGUGUCACCCUGACUGCGCUAAGACAAGCCACCAAUCAAGCUGCAAAUUUUACUGCCUAUCAAAAAAUGAAGAAAAUGGCACAAGGGCUCCAAGAAUUGAGUGAAUUGCCAUCUUACCAACAUUUGAUAUUAGGAGGUGUCUCUGGCGCAAUGGGUCCACUUUCUAAUGCCCCGAUUGAUACGAUCAAGACACGUAUUCAAAAGUCAAGUGCAUCAGGUAGUGGCUUUGAAAGAUUCAAGACAGUUACUAGUGAAAUCAUAAAAAAGGAAGGGUACUUUGCAUUUUAUAAGGGUUUAACCCCUCGUUUAUUAAGAGUAGCACCAGGACAAGCAGUGACAUUCAUGGUAUACGAAAAGGUACGAGCCUUGAUUGAUCAAUUUUAUGGAAAAACAGAGAUGUCCGUUCACAUCAAAAUUAAAUAA